AUGAAGAUGGAUAUAUGGUCAUGGAUAUGUGCGCUUCCUGACUUGGCCGAGUGGGCCGAGUCAGAGUCACCACGUGUCUUUGAACUCGCGAGUUCCGUCAGAGACGAUUCAUCAACUCAUCGUUCUAUUCAUCUUAGAGCAGAAAGAAGUGCUGGGUCCAACUCGGACGUAUUGGUUACAUUCGCUUUAUGUUUACAGGGUUUUCAUCAUUAUAAUGCUCCAGAGACUAUUUGGGUUUCUGACAAAUGUCCUUUAAACUCAGAAAAACCUUUCCUUCCUUUACUACUACAACUUCUCCAAGAAAUCAUCACACGCUCACCUAUGGCUGCUCAGGCUAGUACUUGCCCUCGUUCACAGCUUCAAAAACUCAAACCUGAACCCAUUUCUUGGAUCAUCGAUAGUCAUUCACCCGAGUCAUUUUCAAGUUUCUUUAACUUGGUGUUUAUCAUGAGGUUGUUUUGGCUAUGCGUAUUCGAUGCACCAAGCGAAGUUGGGUCCAUGUACUUCGAGUCCAUGUUAGGUCCUAACCUUGAAAUUCUGAAAUGUGAACAAGCUCAAGUUUUAAAAACUUUUUUAGUAACAGUCGGAGUAGACGCUGAGCUUUAUUUUAUGCGUACUCUGGGUUAUAUGUUGACAAAAUGGAUUAUGUUGAGAGAAGUUGGUGUAGGACUACAUGUUCUAGCUCCUACUUCGGGACAGCAAGUUAAGUUCUCUUAUGCAAUGGAAACACAUGGUUUUUGGGUAUUGAAGGGCUAUGCACCUAUUUUGGCUAUGGAUAGCAGUAAUUCUUCAAGAAAUAAAAGCAAAUUUCUAACUGUUGAAGCUAGGGAUUCAGUACUAAAAUAUGCUUUGGCUCACCAACAGUUGGAGGCAGUUUUACAGUUAGAAUAUUCUGUUAGUUUCUAUGAAGGGUACAUUCGGGUCAUUGCACAUGUCGACAAUCUGCGGUUCCAUGUGGCAAAACUGGGGCUUAAAAAGAGUGAGAGUGCAGAAUAUUCUGAGGAAAGGCAUUUUGUUUCUAGAGCUAAGAUUUGGGCUGGACCGGAGGUUGGAGCAACUUAUGUGGCCGGGUUGAGUUUGGGUCGAUCAACGGAAAAUGGAGAGAGAGAAAUGGAAGUAAACAAAGUUGUAAAGGGAAGUCAUGAAAGUUCAACAUCUUCUAAGGUGAAAACUAGGGCAAGGAUGGUUACAAGGACGAAGAUGAAAAACUGGAGGUGGGACCAAGAUGCUGAAGGGAAUUGUGUUAUUUUUGAUGCAGUUUUACAUAAUAGUACAAAUGGUAAAGAAGCUGCCACAUGGAAAACAAAAAUCAACGAUAAUAAUAGUGAUGGUGGUGAUAGCAAAGGCAUUGGUAAUGAAAAUAAGUAUGAUGAACCGAAUCGACCAUUUACCAAAACAAGAGGGUUGGUUUUUGCAGGUGACGAUUACGGGGAAGGAGUAGAGUGGAGAUUGAGCAAGGAAAUGGAAGGUAGUGUUUUGAAAUGGAGAAUUGGAGGUCAAGUUUGGGUAACUUAUUGGCCAAGUGAAGUCCAGAGUUCAUAUUUUGAGACUAGGUGUGUUCAAUGGUGUGAUGAAGUUGAUUUACCGUUAAUUCCUGGAAAAUAAAAUUAACUAAGGAAGGAGUUCUGCUAAUAGAAAGAAGACAAAGUACAAGGCUAGAGGUCCAUGUAUGUAGAUAAGCAUAACAACUAAGUAGAAGAAUUUUUAUGUAAUGUUAUUAUUUUUAAUGUAUGCAUGUAUAAUAAAGAUUUUAUAGUAAGUUCUACAUGUUGUAUAACA